GAUUCCUGCAGGUUCCAUUCCUCCUCGGAUCAUAGAACCGAACGCACCCCCACCUCCCUCCGGACAUGGGGACUUUCACGGUGGGCUCCCUGCUGGUUUCGGUCCUGGUGAUCGGAACCAGUGGAACCAGUAGAACCAUGUCUAUGAGUAGAACCAGUGGGACCAGUGGGAUCAAGUACGAACCCAACUGGAAGUCGAUCGACUCCCGGCCACUUCCGGAGUGGUACGACCAGGUGAAGUUCGGGAUCUUCAUCCACUGGGGGGUCUUCUCUGUGCCCAGCUUCGGCAGCGAGUGGUUCUGGUGGUACUUGCAGGGGAGGAAACUGCAGCCGUACGUUGACUUCAUGCAGAAGAAUUAUCCUCCGGGCUUCAAGUACCAAGACUUUGCUCCGCAGUUCACCGCCGAGUUCUUCGAUCCCAAAGAGUGGACGGAGAUCUUUGCUGCGUCGGGGGCAAAGUACAUCGUCCUGACAACCAAACACCACGAAGGCUUCACACUAUGGGGCUCAAAAACCUCCUGGAACUGGAACGCAGUGGAUGUUGGACCCAAACGAGACCUGGUGGCGGACAUGGCGAGCGCCCUCCGUGCUAACAGUGACCUUCGUCUCGGGCUGUACCACUCCCUGUUCGAGUGGUUUAAUCCCGUCUAUAAGCAGGACGCUGCCAAUGUAUUCAAAACAAACUACUUCCCGACCAGUAAAACUCUGCCUGAGCUUUAUGAGCUCAUCGUCAAGUACAAACCGGAGCUGCUGUGGUCCGAUGGGGACGGGGACGCACCGGACACCUACUGGAACAGCACUGGUUUCUUAGCCUGGCUCUACAAUGACAGUCCAGUGCGAGACACCGUGGUGACUAACGAUCGGUGGGGUUACGGCACCAUCUGCCACCACGGGGGGUACUACACCUGCAACGACCGCUACCAGCCGGGACACCUGGUCAGACACAAGUGGGAGAACUGCAUGUCCAUCGACUCAAAGUCCUGGGGCUACAGACGCAACGCUCCGCUCAGCGACUACCUCACCAUCCAGCAGCUCGUGGCGACGCUGGUAGAGACUGUGUCCUGCGGGGGGAACCUGCUGCUGAACGUCGGUCCCACACACGAGGGCAGAAUCUCUCCGAUCUUUGAGGAGCGCCUGAGGCAGAUGGGUCAGUGGCUGAAGGUGAACGGCGAGGCCAUCUACAACACGACAGCGUGGAGAGUCCAGCAGGACAACGGCACCGCAAACGUCUGGUACACAGCCAAACCGCAGGAAAAGGCCGUGUUCGCCAUGUUUCUGGAUUGGCCCAGUAAUGGAUCUGUGAUUCUACAUGAUCCUCUGGUGAAACAAGGACUGACUCAGGUGGUGCUGGUCGGCCACGGCUCCGUGCCGUGGGAACCAGUGCAGCCCAGUGGACUGAGGGCGCUGCUGCCCCCCCUGGCCUUCAUGCCGGGCCAGUGGGCCUGGACGCUGAGGCUGACCGGAGCCACUUAGAGGGAAACCAGAUCACUUGAAGAGGAGCGGGCAGAGCUGGAGGCCGGAGAGGGAACCAGCGUUUAAAUCACCGAACACAAACCUGUGACAUGAAAUCACAUUCGUCCAGAAAUUAUUUUUUUGUUUUUUUGCGUGUGCUGUCUUUUAUACAAACUGUGACAUGAAGGGACUAAACAAUCAUUUGACUGAAGCUCUAUAACUUUAAAACUUAUAGAAAUAGUUUUUAGAUAAAUAUUGUUGGGAUUUUAAAUUUUAGAUUCUCUGUGUGUGUGUGUGUGUGUGUGUGUGUGAAGAUGUUUAUGGAACUGAACUAUAGACAAAAGCAGGAGGGUGGGGGCAUGAAAUGGUGAGAAUAUAUUCAUCUGCAGUGAUAAUGUGACAGAUGUGUCCUUAUAUUAUGAAAGAUGAAAACAUUCUUUGUACGUUGUGAUUUUUGUUACACAUUUUCUGCUUUUCUAUCAUUUUUUUUACGAGAUUUUUCUGUGGCCUGAAGAAUGUGGUGAUUUGUUUGAUUUGCACUAUGGAGGAAUUUUUAAAUAAUCAAAUAAAGCUGUCGAGCGUCUUUUUCAUGAUCUAA